AUGCGCGUAUGUUCGCAUUAUGAUCCUGUCGCUCUUGCCUCGUCGCCCUCCUUCUGCGUGUGCGUCUUUGGCCGUCCGCGCCUUCCUGCUUCAAAGAAGACCCAGUCUGCUGCGAGUUUGGAACACAGGCAAGUGCCUUUGGAUGCGGAUACGGUGCGCCCCACAAUAUUCCCCAUUGCGCCUGCCCAGGCCGUGCUUCUCCAGGCGUAUGCCACUUCCCGUGAUACUCUUUUCCUCAAACCGUAUUGCUUCGCAUCCAAAGGUUUGUCCUCCUACUGCAUCUCCAUCCGCCCAUCUCGCCUAUCGCCCCCGUCCAGCCUCCACGCUCCCUACAAUUGGGAACAGAGAGCGCACAAUCCUACACGAGCUGCCCUCGAAGUCUGUGAAACGGGCGAAACCGCCGCCAGCCCCUGUUUCUCACAUCCUGCAACCGCAGCCACAAUUGGCGUUUCUUUCGUCUCUUCUUUCUAUCAGCAGCCUUCUUCGACCUCAUUCACCUAUCGACGACGCAUCGCGACUGUAUACCUUCUACCUGCCACUUUCAGCACCCUUUUUGACUCCUCAUAUCGCGUCCCCUCUUUCGCCGGGGCCUUCCCCAGAACCGAGACCCACGCCGGCCUUAUCGGAGAAGAGCACAAGCCCUGUCGUGUCGUUGGUAAACAGACGCGCCCGCCAAAGACAAGCAUCUUUUCAUUUCCUUUUUUCGUUCUUCCCGGCCUCCAGCCCGCCUCCCGCGCCCACCGCCGCUCGACCCCGGCGGCCGCAAUGGCGAUGGCCGCGCUCCACCCCAGCCAGCCGAUCCACACGCCCACGCCAACGUCGCCAGACGACGGGGCCUCCUCGUCUUCCCCGAAUGGCUUCACGGGCCACGGCUCAGGGCUCCACGCCCUGCAUGACGUCACAGUCGCCGCGCAGGUCGCGCAGGCUGCACAAGCUGCCCAAGUCGCUCACACUGAUCAGACUGCCCAGGCCAGCAACAACGGCCUCUCAGACAGCACAGCACCGCCCACGGCUGCGCCGGGACCGACUUCCUCGCCGUCAAUACCACAGUCACAACAGGCAGAGGCGGGAGACCCGAGGCAAGACAAGACAGCUCGCGACGAGGCAAUGGAUGUCAUACAGGCUAGCGACACGUUUCCCAAGAACUUGCGGGUUGACGACUUUGCGCGCAUCCGUACAUUAGGAACAGGCACAUUUGCACGCGUCGUCCUGGUCCGUCGACAACAGCCACGGAACGAAGACGAGGCGCACCAGGUCUUCGCUCUCAAGAUCCUGCGCAAGGCGGCCGUCAUCAAGCUCAAGCAGAUCGACCACGUGCGCCACGAGCGCCAGAUCCUCCAGGACGUCGCGGGCCACCCGUUUAUCACCAACAUGCUGGCGUCCUUUUCCGACCACGACUUUUUAUACCUCCUCCUCGACUACGUCCCCGGCGGCGAGCUGUUUAGUUACCUCCGCAAGUUCCGGCGCUUCGACGAGCCCACGGCCCAAUUUUAUGCCGCUGAAAUCGUCCUCGUUCUCGAGUAUCUGCACGAGCAGCAAGAUGGCGUUGCCUACCGAGACCUCAAGCCCGAGAACCUGCUGCUCGACGCCCGGGGCCACGUCAAACUGGUCGACUUUGGGUUUGCCAAGCGGCUGGGCCGCGACGGGGCCGGUGGUGCAGUCGAGACGUACACGCUGUGCGGUACUCCCGAGUAUAUCGCGCCCGAGGUGAUCCAGAACAUGGGCCAUACGACCGCCGUCGACUGGUGGGCCCUCGGGAUCCUCAUCUACGAGUUUCUGACGGGCUAUCCCCCGUUUUGGCACCAGAACCCACUCGAGAUCUAUCGACAGUAUGUUGUCCUGUUGUCCGCUAUUCCUGUGACUCUGCACUGGCGCCCCACCAUACUAACUCUGUGCAGGAUCCUGGAGAAGCCCGUCGUCUUCCCACAAGACCCGUCCAUCUCGCCAGCCGCCCAAGACCUCGUUCACCAGCUCUGCACGGUCGACCGCUCACGCCGACUGGGUAAUAUCAGUGGCGGAGCGGCCAAGGUCAAGUCACACCCCUUCUUUGCCGGCGUCGACUGGAACACUCUGUACGAGCGGCGCGGCCAGGGCCCCAUUGUGCCGCCCGUGCGGUACGUGGGUGAUGCGCAGUGCUUUGAUAUCUACCCGGAGAACGAUGUGGACUUUGAGCAGUACACGCCUGAGCUGGCCGAGCAGUACGACCGGUUCUUUGCUAAUUUCUAG